CCAGCGGAGGGAAUGAGGCAUUCAGGGAGAGGAGGGAGAAACCGGAGGGAGAAAACGGAGGACCCGCACCGAGCACGGAGCCCCUCAAAGUCACAAAGUGCGGGGAAAUACAUGGAAUCUGCGUGACCGUCCCGCGCGGGGGACCCAAAGUGUCGCGACACGCCUGCGGGGGGGGGGGCGUUUAAAGUCGUCUGGAAAAGAGACUUUUUGGGAAUCUUCACUCCGGGAAAAACGUCACUUUCCCUUCGACGGUGAAGUUGCCACCGUGGUCCGUUAAAACCAAGUGGCCGAGGCCCGGACAGACUCCCCCCGGGACAGGCCUUCACACCUCCUGCUCCUGCUCCUCCUGCUCCUCCUCCGGCGCCUCCUCAGACCUGAACCCCUCAAGCCAACCGUGGAGACAUCACCAGGCUCAGAGGAACUUCAGUCUGAACUCCCGCAGAGGAGGAGGAGGAGGAGGAGGAGGAAGAGUGUCUCUGCCUCUUACGGCUCGAGGGAGAAGCUCUGCAUCGCCUGAGGAGGAGGUGGAUCGUCUCACCUGAGGGAGGUCCAUGCCGCGGCGUUCAGGAUGAGCCUCUGAGGCGGCGCCGGGUUUCAGUGACGCUGAGGAGGAGGCGAGGGAGGAGGCGAAGAGGCGAAGGAUGGGGAAGGAGCAGGAGCUCCUGCAGGCGGUGAAGAGCGGAGACCUGCCGUCCACCCAGAAGCUGCUGUCCAAACUGAAGACCAACAGGAACAAGCUGCUGGGCUCCACCAAGAGACUCAACGUCAACUACCAGGACUCAGACGGGUUCUCGGCGCUGCACCAUGCCGCUCUGACCGGAACCACGGAGCUGCUGUCGGCUCUGCUGGAGGCUCAGGCCACCGUGGACAUCAAGGACAGCAACGGAAUGCGGCCGCUGCACUACGCCGCCUGGCAGGGGAAGUCGGAGUCGGUCCUGACGCUGCUCCGCUCCGGGGCGUCGGUGAACGGCGUCUCUCAGGACGGACACAUCCCACUGCACCUCGCCGCCCAGUACGGACACUACCAAGUGUCGGAGAUGUUGCUGCAGCACCAGUCCAACCCGUGCGUGUUGAACAAAGCCAAGAAAACUCCGCUGGACCUCGCCUGUGAGUUCGGACGAGUGAAGGUGUCCCAGCUGCUGCUCAGCAGCAACAUGGCAGCGUCUCUGUUGGAGGGAGACAGGAAGGAGCCGUCCGACUCCGCCUUCACCACCCCGCUGCACCUCGCCGCCCGCAACGGCCACAAGGACAUCAUCCGGCUGCUGCUGAAGGCCGGCAUCGACAUCAACAAAACCACCAAGUCCGGCACUGCGCUGCACGAAGCGUCGCUGUACGGGAAAACCGAGGUGGUCCGACUGCUGCUGGAUGCCGGCGUGGACGUGAACAUCCGGAACACUUACAAUCAGACGGCGCUGGACAUCGUCAACCAGUUCACCACGUCACACGCCAGCCGGGACAUCAAGCAGCUGCUCAGAGACGCCACUGGCGUCCUGCAGGUCCGAGCGCUGAAGGAUUACUGGAACCUGCACGACCCCACGGCCCUCAACAUCCGGGCCGGAGACGUGAUCACGGUGAUGGAGCAGCAUGUGGACGGCCGGUGGAAAGGACACAUCCACGACAGCCAGUCGGGGACAGACAGAGUUGGGUUCUUCCCUCCGUCCAUCGUGGAGGUGAUCAGCAGGAGAAACGGGGGCACUCUGUCCCGGCACGCCUCCCUGCCCACCCAGCGCCAGCAGCUCCUUUCCAGAGCCCCCCUGUCCUCCAGCCUGAGCUCCGCCCCCCACACAGACGACUCCUACACCCUGUAUGCCCCGCCCCCUCCCGGGCUCUCCGCCGGGCUCUCCGCCUCCUCAGGUCUGUCUCCCGGCGGCCUGUCUCAGUCCGGCUGUCCCUUUGAGGACAUCUGGGUCCUCAGGGACUCGUGUCAUGCUGGAGACAGGAACAGCGUGGGCAGCACCGGCAGCGUGGGCAGCACCCGCAGCGCCGGCAGUGGACAGAGCACCGAGAGCAACAGCGCCACCAACGGGCUGCAACACCACACCGGUCACCAUGACAACAAGGUGGCGCCCCCUGCUGUCGAGCCCGGGACGUCAGCAGAGCUCAACGCUGCCGAUCAUCCUGCAGGUGUGGCGGUGCGCCGGCAGACGGUGACGGUGCAGAGGCCCACCGAGCAGAGCUUCUCUCAGCAGUUCGUUCAUCCUCAGCAGCUGCUGGAGGGGAAGGUAACGCUCCGCUCCCUCCCAGACGCGGAGGCCAUCUACGAGUGGCUGAGCGACUUCCAGCUGGAGCAGUACACCGGCAACUUCCUGAACAACGGAUACGACGUUCCCACCAUCAGCAGGAUGACGCCAGAGGAUCUGACGGCCAUCGGCGUGACUAAACCAGGGCACCGCAAAAAGAUCUCCCUGGAGAUCAACAACCUGAACAUUCCUGAGUGGCUGCCAGAAUACAUCCCGUCGGACCUCAGUGAGUGGCUGUGUGCCAUCGGCCUCCCUCAGUACCACAAGAAACUGUCUGAGAACGGCUACGACUCCAUCAGCAUCGUCAAAGACCUGACCUGGGAGGACCUGCAGGAGAUCGGCAUCACCAAGCUGGGACAUCAGAAGAAGCUGAUGCUGGCGGUGAAGAAGCUGAGUGACAUCCAGAGAGCCAUCCUUCAGGCCGAAUCAGGCCAGGGGACCCUGCGCCGCAGAGCUCCCGCCGCCCUCCACCUGGUCGCCAUCGAGCAGUCAGACGCCAGCGGCGAGUGCUCCUCGCCACUCACCCCCAAGAUGCUGACUUUCCAAGACAGCGAUCUGAGCGCCGAGCUGCAGACGGCCAUGUCCGGCCACGACGGCGGCUGCGAGGACGGCUUGGCCAUCAAGAACGCGGUCGGGAUGUCCCAAAGCCAAGAGAGCAUCGACGCCCGGUCCAGAGGGUCUGGACGCUCGCAAGAACCGCCCACGGCCUCCAUCACCCCUCACAGCUGGUCCCAGGAGAGCCUGGAGGGCAGCCCGGCCAGGGAGAGGAACCUCCCUGAAGGCUGGGACCAGAGCAGGGCCAAGCAGGUGCCUCUGGGUACAGCGACGGUGUUCAAGUACCCAGCAAUCCCCGCCAAGCCCAAACUGCCCGGACAUCCCGGGACGCCUCCUCACGGCUCGCCGGCGCUGAAAGGUUUCAGCUACCUGCACUCUCACUGCGGCUCUGCCGAUCCCAACUCAUCCCCCCGCCACGAGAACCACUCCACAACCCUGGCCCCGCCCACAAAACGCUCGCAGACCCGUUACGCCCUGUCAGACGGGGAGCCGGACGAGGACGACGACGAGCCCAGCGUUUCCUCGGGGAACGUCCCGUCCUACGCCACCCUGACCCGCAAACCGGGCCGCGGCCAGCUGGCCCGGCUACAGUCCAGCCCGGAGAAGAACGUGGGGCGCAGCCAGUCGUUUGCAGUGCGCGCCAGGAAAAAGGGUCCGCCGCCGCCACCCCCCAAAAGACUGAGCUCGGUGAGCAGCACCAACAGCGGAGAGCUGAGCGACAGCAGCUCCACGUCCUCCGGCGGCGUGGUCACCGACAGCCCGGGCAGCGUGAGGAGCAUCGCAGCCUCUCUGGAGGGCGGCGCCGAGGGGAAGAACCAACCGGGGUCAAAACCCGAAGCCGCUCAACCGGAGUCGCCGCCGCUGACUCUCACUUCCACGGAGCCUCACGAGGCUGCGGUCGCAAGAAAGAAGGUUCAGAGCGAAUACGUCAACGGUCGGAGCGGCAGCAACACCGAGCUGGACCGAGGGGUGAAGUCCGACUCGGAGGAGGAGGAAUCUAAAGGCGGAGGACUGGACGGGUCCUCGUCCCCUCAGAACAGCUCCAGCGAGUGCAUCCCCUUCGCCGAGGAGGGCAACCUGACCAUCAAGCAGAGGCCCAAGGCCCCGGGUCCGCCGAGGGCCGAGGCCGUGCUGGAGCCUCCGGACAAAGCCAAGAACUCAGACGUGCCCGAGUUCAAUCUGAAGGAGUCGGACACGGUGAAGCGCAGACACAAGCCCAAAGACAAGGAGGGCUCCCCCUGCAGGGAGGGAGCAGAGUCCCAGUCUCCCCGGACCAGCCGGCCGUCGUCUCUGAACCACGACGCGGCCGGUCUGAGGGUCAGCGAGGCGGCUCUGGAGAGGCCGGCCAGUCCGGCUACAGGGUCGCCCGUCAGACCUCCUCUCUCCCCAAAGCCUCCGGCUGUCGCCCCAAAGCCAGUCCGCCACAGUCUGCUGGCUGCGCAGGGGCUGUCCUCUCCCACCGUGACCGUCAGCGUGGUUCAGAGCGUGGCCUUCGGCUCUCAGUCUCCGCCCGCCCAUUGCCCCUCGCCUCCACCCCCAGCGACCCCGCCCCCCCCGGCCGCUCGCAGCCCCUCCCUCUCAGCGCACCGGACUCAGGCGUCCACGAUGGGUCCCCCCCCGACUCCUCCUCCUCCGGAGUCGUCUUGUGACACCGAGGUGGUUCAGCAGAGACUGGAUCAGACCAGCACUUCUCUGGCAGCAGCCCUGAAGGCCGUGGAGACCAAACUGAACCAGCAGGAUCCCUCUGAGGGCAGAGCGAGCUCAGUGAAGUCCGCCGGAACCAUCCUGGACGACAUCGGCAACAUGUUCGACGACCUGGCCGACCAGCUGGACGCCAUGUUGGACUGAAGCCACACAACGCUAUUCAUGCUCAGGAAGUGAAGGAGAAAGAGUCCGACAGUCUCUGAAUCCUUUUUCACGUUUGUUCGGCACAAACGGGGGUCAAUGAAAACAAAGACAGUGGAGAGGCGAGGCUCUCGUACCCGAUGUGGAACACAAUGAACAUAUACGGAGUAGCAGAGCCUCAAACUCACUCGUUCUGACGGUGUAACUUACACAUCAUGGGACCUUCGUGCUAACGCCGUGACGUACGGACCGUUGGACCCUCAUUCUGACGGAGUGGCCUACGCUACAUCAGAGCCUGGCUCUCACUGUGACGUACAGAACUCCAACCCCUCGGGCUGAUGGAGGGACGUAUCGAGCCGAAGUUCGUGUUCCUGCAGCUUUUCACCCGCAGAUUCGUCUCCAGGCUGCAGGCUUCAGCGUUCUUCACUCUCAGUCGUCACGGCGCCAACAUGCCGACCAAUCAAACGUUCCUACAGAGGAAAAGCACAAACUGUCGAUGUCCCAUUUUCAGAUCUGAAUCGUCAGGAUCUGAACUGCUUCUGUUCUCCUUUAAACUUUGUUUAUAACUCUGAAACCAACUCUUUUCAGACUUGGAAAUAUUUAAAGAAAAGUUAUUUUCUACCUGUGUGUCCGUCUUCCUGCUCGGAAGUAAAUCAGCCAAUCAGAGCUCUCCGAUAUUCUUAUGAAGGGAAGAGAUGCACACUUAUAUACAAAGUUAUUUUUUCAUGCUAGCCAGAUGAGUAUUUAAGUGAGAGUAAUCUAAGUAUGUAUCUGAGUAUUUCCUGUAGCAUGUUCCUCUCUGUGAAUGUGUGAAUGUUUGUCUCAGGAAAAUCCCACACAACCUGAACACAUCACAUAAAAAACAGGUUUUCAGACACUUUUUUUUUUUUUUUUUUACAUGAAACUAUUUGUUCAGCUUCAAAUCGACCAAAUCGUUAUGAAUUCUAACUUUGAAGUAGAGCUUAUCUGAAGAAUAUCGACUCUGCUCUCUGUCAGUGUUGUCCUGAGGGAGGCGCCAACAGGACGUAAAAUAUUGUUCUGAAAUGUUUUUACUGGAGUUGACUGAAAAAGGACUGAAAAAGAAGACUGAAAUGUAAGAUGAGGUUUAUGGAAAAAAACUGACACGAAAAACCAUAAAUGUUCAUUUUUAUUAGUGAUUCAAUUCAUGAAAAUACUUUUAUUUAUCUUUUAAGGGUCCACAUUUCAAAAUCUAUCAAAUUGCACGUUUUGUCUUCUGUUUUCCUGAAGUCAGACAAGCUGAAUAUUCGAAAUAAAAACUUGUUUUUUUUUUAAAUAGUAAAUUUGCAGAGAGAUUGGAUGAAAUGUCUGUGCUGUUUUCUCUCCUGCUUCUUUGUUGUUGUUCGUCUCCUGUUUAUAACCAAUAAAUAUUCAUCCAGUUUU